AUGGGGGAUUUCGCAGCCCCCGCUGCUGCCGCGAAUGGCAGUAGUAUUUGCAUCAACAGUAGCCUGAACAGCAGCCUCGGCGGGGCCGGGAUCGGUGUGAAUAAUACUCCCAAUAGUACUCCCACUGCUCCGUGUAGCAGUCACCCCGCUGCCGGCUGCGGCAGCGGCGGCUCCGGGGGCCCGGGCGGCGGAUCGGCGGCCGUCCCCAAGCACAGCACGGUGGUGGAGCGGCUCCGCCAGCGCAUCGAGGGCUGCCGGCGCCACCACGUCAACUGCGAGAACAGGUACCAGCAGGCUCAGGUGGAGCAGCUGGAGCUCGAGCGCCGGGACACCGUGAACCUCUACCAGCGGACCUUGGAGCAGAGGGCCAAGAAAUCGGGCGCCGGCGCCGGCAAGCAACAGCACCAGAGCAAACCCCAGCAAGAUGCGGAGGCUGCCUCGGCGGAGCAGAGGAACCACACGCUGAUCAUGCUCCAAGAGACUGUGAAAAGGAAGUUGGAAGGAGCCCGAUCACCACUUAAUGGAGACCAGCAGAAUGGUGCUUGCGAUGGGAGCUUUUCUCCAACUAGCAAGCGAAUACGAAAGGACAUUCCCACGGGGAUGGAAGCCAUCAACAAUUUACCCAACAACAUGCCACUGCCUUCAGCUUCUCCUCUUCACCAACUUGACCUGAAGCCUUCUUUGCCCUUGCAGAAUAGUGGGACUCACACUCCUGGGCUUCUGGAAGACCUGAGUAAAAAUGGGAGACUCCCAGAACUUAAACUUCCUGUGAAUGGUUGCAGUGACCUGGAGGACAGCUUCACCAUCGUGCAGAGCAAAGAUCUCAAACAAGAACCUCUUGAUGACCCUACUUGCAUAGACACAUCAGAAACCUCUCUUUCCAAUCAGAACAAGCUGUUCUCGGACAUUAACCUGAACGAUCAGGAGUGGCAGGAGUUAAUAGAUGAACUGGCCAACACCGUUCCUGAAGACGACAUACAGGACCUGUUCAAUGAAGACUUCGAAGAGAAAAAGGAGCCGGAAUUCUCGCAACCGGCCACAGAGACCCCGCUAUCCCAGGAGAGCGCCAGUGUGAAGAGCGACCCGGCUCACUCUCCUUUCGCUCACGUCUCUCUGGGCUCCCCCCAGGCCAGGCCUUCCUCUUCGGGUCCUCCCUUCUCCACCGUCUCCACGGCCACCAACUUACCUUCCGUGGCCACCACCCCCGUGGCGCCCAACCCCGCCAGCUCCCCCGCAAACUGUGCGGUCCAGUCCCCUCAAACUCCGAACCCAGCUCACACGCCCGGCCAGGCUGCGGCCCGGCCCGGCAACGGUUAUCUCCUCAAUCCCGCCGCCGUGCCGGUGGCCGCGGCGGGCUCGGGCCCCGGGGCCGCGCCCGGCUCCGACCUGUCCCCCGCCGAGCAGCUCAAGCAGAUGGCCGCGCAGCAGCAGCAGAGGGCCAAGCUGAUGCAGCAGAAGCAGCAGCAGCACUCCAGUCAGACUUCCAGCUGGUCUCCCUUAGCGCCGCCAUCCAGCCCCUACGGAGCAGCUUUCUCGGCGGAAAAGCCAAAUAGCCCCAUGAUGUACCCCCAAGCCUUUAACAACCAAAAUCCUAUAGUGCCUCCCAUGGCCAACAACCUGCAGAAGACGACAAUGAAUAACUACCUCCCUCAGAAUCACCUGAAUAUGAUCGCGCAGCAGCCAAAUAACGUGGGUACAAACUCCUUAAACAAACAGCACAACAUUCUGACUUACGGCAACACUAAGCCUCUGACCCACUUUAAUGCCGACUUGAGUCAGAGGAUGACGCCCCCGAUGGCCAAUCCCAACAAGGCCCCCCUGACGCCCUACAUCCAGCCGCAGCCCCCGCAGCCGCAGCCCCCGCAGCCGCCCGCGCCUCAGCUCCAGGCCCCCAGGGCGCACCUGAGUGAGGACCAGAAACGCGUGCUCCUCAUCAAGCAAAAGGGAGUGAUGAGUCAGCCCACGGCUUACCCGGCGCUGCCAUCCCACGGCCAGGAGCAGCACCCAGUGGGGCUUCCCCGAACCACGGGCCCCAUGCAGUCCUCCGUGCCCCCGGGCUCAGGGGGCAUGGUCUCUGGAGCAGGGCCCGCGGGGCCAGGCUUCCUGGGCAGCCAGCCCCAGACAGUCCUCAUGAAGCAGAUGCUCAUUGACCAGCGGGCCCAGCUGAUGGAGCAGCAGAAACAACAGUUCCUGCGGGAACAGAGGCAGCAGCAGCAGCAGCAGCAACAGCAGAUUCUUACGGAGCAGCAGCUGCAGCAGCCGCACUUGCCCCGGCAGCACCUGCAGCAGCAGCAGCGGAAUCCCUACCCAGUGCAGCAGGUCGCCCAGUUUCAAGGGUCUCCCCAGGAUAUAGCAGCUGUGAGGAGCCAGGCCGCCCUCCAGAGCAUGCGAACUUCACGGCUGAUGGCACAGAACGCAGGCAUGAUGGGAAUGGGACCCUCCCAGAACCCAGGGACAAUGGCCACAGCGGCCGCCCAGUCUGAGAUGGGACUGGCCCCUUACAGCCACACAGCUACCAGCCAACCAGGAAUGUACAACAUGAGCGCAGGCAUGACCCAAGUGCUGCAGCACCCAAACCAAAGCGGUAUGAGUACCACACACAGCCAAGCCCAGGGGCCGCGGCAGCCCACCUCCGGGCAAGGGGUUGGGAUGGUGAGUGGGUUUGGUCAGGGCAUGCUGGUGAACUCGCCCAUGACCCAGCAGCGCCAGCCGAUGAAGGGGCCAGUAGGCCAGGCCUUGCCCAGGCCCCAGGGCCCGCCGAGGCUGCAAAACAUCAUGGGAACGGUCCAGCAGGGAAGCCAGAGCUGGCAGCAGAGAGGCUUACAGGGGAUGCCUGGGAGGACUAGUGGAGAGUUAGCAUCAUUCAACAAUGGCGCCAGCUACCCACUGCAAGCCGGCCAACCGCGGCUGACCAAGCAGCACUUCCCCCAGGGACUGAGCCAGGUGGUGGAUGCGAACCCUGGCGGGGUGAGAACGCUCAACCCGGCUGCCAUGGGUCGGCAGAUGAUGCCACCGCUCCCGGGGCAGCAAGGCGCCGGCCAGGCCAGGCCCAUGGUCAUGUCAGGCCUGAACCAGGGCGUUCCUAGCAUGCCAGCCUUCAGCCAGCCCCCGGCACAGCAGCCGAUGGCCAGCGCCAGCUUUGCCUCCAGCAGCCAGAGCCAAGCCUAUGAGCGGAACCCCCCUCAGGACAUGUCGUACAAUUACAGUGGUGACACGGCCGGGGCGUCCUUCCCCGGCCUCUCGGACGGCGCUGACCUUGUGGACUCCAUCAUCAAAGGUGGGCCGGGGGACGAGUGGAUGCAGGAGCUCGAUGAAUUGUUUGGAAACCCCUAG